GCUCAGACAGGUUGGAUUCUGUUUCAUUGUCUGAUCUCAAGGAAGCAGAGACUCAGACCCUGUUCACACCUGCUGUUAACAUCACUCCUGACUGAUCCGCUGACGAGUUCAGGUGGACUGGGGUUCGUUGGACUAUCUGGUCAUCGACAUGCCUCCUGGGACAGGAGACGUCCAACUGACAAUCACCCAGAACAUCCCGAUAGCAGGUGCUGUAAUCGUGUCGACGCCGCAGGACAUCGCUCUGCUGGACGCUCGCAGAGGAGCCGAGAUGUUCAAGAAAGUAAACGUGCCGGUUCUCGGUCUGGUUCAGAACAUGAGUGUCUUCCAGUGUCCGAACUGUAACCACCACACUCACAUCUUCGGCUCUGACGGGGCCCGACAGCUCGCGAUCACUCUGGGGGUCGAGUUGUUGGGUGACGUUCCCCUUCACCUCAACAUCAGAGAGAUGUCGGACAGAGGACAACCGGUGGUCAUCUCCUCCCCAGACAGCUCCGAGGCGGAGGCGUACAGGAAGGUGGCGUCCGCUGUCGUCCACAGAAUUAAGGAGGUCAACACUUGAUUGACAGCUGCGCCCCAGUCAGCUGGUUGACUGACAGGAUGUAAACUGUGAACAAACAUGUUAGAAGCUGCAUGACGCACAAUAACCAUGUAGACACACACAGAAACGCACAAGAUGUUAAAUCUAAAGCUACAGUUUAAGUGAAGAAAUAUGAUUCAUGUAAUUAAGUGAUGAUAUUUAAUAAAACUACAUUGAACCAAA